AUGGAUUGGGUUCGCGGUCAGAAAUUAGGUCAUGGUAGUUUCGCCACCGUGAGUUUGGCGGUUUCGAGCGGCGGCAACCCUUCUCUGCCGCCGCUUAUGGCGGUGAAAUCUUGCGGGGCCUCCCUCUGUUCGUCUCUCUCGAACGAGAAAUCGAUUCUGCAGGAAAUCGGAGGUUGUCCGGAAAUCAUACGGUGCUUUGGCGACAGCUAUUCGUUAGAGAAGGACGAGAGGCUUUAUAAUGUUCUGCUCGAGUACGCCUCUGGCGGUUCCCUCGCCGACCGGGUGAAGAACUCCGGCUGUCAGGGAUUGCCGGAAUUCGAGAUCCGGCGACACACCAGGGCGCUGCUCCGGGGGCUGAAGCACAUCCACGGCUCCGGCUAUGUCCACUGCGACGUCAAGCUCCAGAACGUCCUUCUGGGAGCCGACGGAGGGGUUCGGAUCGCCGAUUUUGGCCUGGCGAAGCGCAGCGGCGCCGCCGCCGCUGCUGCCGGAAAGUGCGAGCUGCGGGGAACGCCCAUGUACAUGUCGCCGGAGAUGGUUGCCGGGGGGGAGCAGGGCCAGGCAGCGGAUGUCUGGGCGCUGGGAUGCGCGGUGGCGGAGAUGGCCACCGGGAGACCGGUGUGGGGGGAAUUCUCCGACGCGGCGGCGCUGAUGAUGACGAUCGGCAUCGGCGACCGGGUGCCGGAGGCGCCGGGGAAUUUAUCCGGCGACGGGAGGGAUUUUCUGGAGAAGUGCUUCGUGAAGGAUCCCAGUCGGAGGUGGACGGCGGAGAUGCUACUCGGACAUCCGUUCGUCGGCGAAGAUGACGGCGGCGCCGCCGCGUGGGUAGACGAGAGGAAGGACGCGGCCGCCUCGAUUUCCCCGCGGUGCAUAUUCGAUUACCCGGAGGAGUGGGCUUCGGAUUGUUCGUCAAUUACGUGUAUGCCCCCGCAGGGGUAUUUUGGGGAAGUUGACAUUUGGUCACCGAAGGAGCCGUCAAUUAAGACGGAGGCGGCGGCGCGGCUGGCUAAGCUUGUGUAUGAACGGGGUCCUGACUGGUCUGUCUCCGAUGGCUGGAUCACCGUUAGGUGA